AUGUCGCCGUUAGCAAACAGUUUGUACUCUAAGCGCAUGCUUUGCUACUUAAUGCUUGGCUGGAUGUUGCUCGUAACGGUCGUGAGUGCGCAGGGUCAACGUGAUCAGUUCAUCAUACGCGUUGCCGAACUACCCAAUGACUUGCCCAACGAAGCGGACAGCACUGCAAGUAUGGGCGGUGGGUUCAAUUUCAAUUUAGGCGAUUUCUCAAGCAGUGCAGGUUUGGGUGGUUUGACGAUUGGCGAUGCGACGGCGCAACAGCUGCAGGCGCCCGAUGUGGUAGUGGAGGGUCUGAACUUGCUGCAGCGCAACAAUUUGGUGGCCGCAGCAGGCAAUGCGCAGGCGCCUGGACCACAACAACGCAUACGCCUGAAUAGCUAUUUGCGGCGACGUUGAGUCGACCGCACAAACAAUAGCAGAAUUAACAAAUAAUGAAUUAAAAAUCAAAUAUUCUUAUUAUUAUUAUUAUGCAGCAACUAUGCGAAUAACAUAAUUAUUACUUGCCUUCAGAAGUUGCACUAACUAUGCGCGCCAAUUCAAUGCAACGCAUUUUUUCAUAUUCUAUAGCUAAACUUAAGUGCGGCGCGCAAUUGUGAAUCAGUUGAAAUUGAUUUUUUGUACCUGAACGCGGUUAAUUAAUUGUAUAUUACAACAGGUGAAUGCCGUUUUGUGCGAAUAAUUUGCUUGAAAGUGUGAUUGUUUCAAUUAUUCUGACUUCAUAGCACAAAAUCCAUAAUUGUGCGGUUGCCAUGACAGCCUUGAAGUUUUUUUUAGUAAAAUAAAAGUGAGCAUACUUUAAUUGGCAUUUUCUACCUUAUAAUCGCACAUAAUUAUUUACAUAGGAUACCAUGGUACUUCUGCUUAUGCUGAAAAAAAUUCCGAAUAAAUGUGGAAAAUAUACAUAGAGCUGCAUUUGUCAGAUGACGAAUAACUAACGCCAUGAU